UUAUAACGAUGUUUAUAAACUUUAUGAUAGGUUUAACUAUAACAUAAGGGAGUGAUUUUAUAAUUUGCAUUUAAUUAGUUUUUCAUCUGUUUGGGAGAUCACAAAAUAAAUAAAAAAACACUUCAUUAAUUUCGUGGACAAAGUCUGUCAUGUUUCCAUUUAGUGACCACAAAGCAAAUAUUUGUGACAAAAUGCCAUAUUUGGAACACUGCCUAACUGCGUAUUGUGAACGGGUCCCCGGAAAAGUCUUAUGACAAAUGUUUUUUUUUUUGGUUAGGUACUACAAGAAAGACAUUGAAGAAGUUUCAACACCAGGAAAAAAGAGGAAAAAAAGGCCACAGGAAGGAAAGUCACUUGACACAGUCGACGAUUUCACAGUAAAUGCAAUCAGGAAUGCAAUUUACAGGAUGUACGCUGAAGGUUUGAAUGUUACAGUCGACACCAUUUUGAAAGAAAUCAGGGAAAGACAAAUAGAUUAUUAUGGUGGAAGAUCAAGUCUUCAUAAAUUGUUAAAGAAGAUGGGAUUUUCAUGGACAACUGUUGAUGGACGAAAAGCUUUGAUAGAGAAUGAAAACAUAGUAUUGCAGCGAAUAGAUUUCUUGAGAAAGUAUAAAGAAGAAAAAGAAAGAGGUGCCAAUUUCAUAUUUGUUGAUGAAACAUGGAUUUUCCAGAGAGGCAAGGCAUUAAUUUAUUUGAAAAUUUGUUCUGUGGUCCAAUACAAAGUAUUUCAUUUCCAUUUCAUAUAUUUUUCAGGAACUGUAUCAAAGUCAUGGCAGGACAAGAGUCUACAAUCUGCGAAGAGACGUACUGUUGGAGAUGGUAAAAGGUUUAUUGUUGUUAAUGCUGGAGGGCGCACUGGCUUUGUGCCAGGAGCAGGAUUACUUUUUGUUUCAGGUCAGAAGACUGCAGACUACCAUGGCGAGAUGAAUGGGGAAACUUUCUUGAUGUGGUUUGAAGACAUGUUGGUGCAUCUUGAGGAACCCAGUGUCAUCAUAAUGGACAAUGCUUCAUAUCACAGCACCCAGGUUGAGAAAACACCUACAACGAACUGGACCAAGGCUGCACUGAUCGCGUGGCUGGAGAAGAAUGGGAUAAAACAUGAAAAUAAUUUGUUGAAAGUGGAGCUGCUGAGAAUAGCUAAACAAAACAAGCCCCGAAUACGAUAUGAGGUAGACGAGUUGGCUCGUAACUAUGGCCACGAAAUUCUACGACUCCCACCCUAUCACUACCACUAUAAUGCAAUCGAACUAGUUUGGGCUCAAUGUAAACACCAUUACAAUAGUAACGUGGGGCGGGCCAAGAGAUUUGACAAUGAUGCAGUUGCAGCCAUCUGGAAAGAGGCUCUUGAUGCUUCCACACCAGAGAGAUGGGCGAGGUGUGUGGAUCACGUGGAGAAGCUAAUUCAAGCAGACUGGGAGAGAAAAGUCCACAGACAGCGGCACCAUUCCUCCACUCAUCAUCCACCUCGGCGAGGAUAGUUCAAGUGAAGACAGUGACAGCGAAGAAUUUGAGGUUACGACACAGCAAGUAGAUGGAGACAGUGAAGUACUGGCAGUUCCUCUUGAUGAUUUACCCGGGUGUUCUUAUUGAGGUCUGUAUGUAAUAAACACCUGGGCAACUGUAAGUAUUGGGGUUUGAAACAUUUUUUUUUCUUUUAUGCAUUCCCAUUAAGUAUGUUGAUUACUGGAACUUUAUGUAUUAACUUUAUAUUACACAUAUUAUAAAAUUAAUAAUAAAUUUCAUUUCUGGAUUCGUAUAGGUGUAUGUGAAACAUUUUAUUUUGUUGUGUCUCUUCAUUUUUCAGUGAACUUACUUGGAAAACAAAAAGCCAGUCCCCAUCCAGGGCCACAAAUAAAUAAUGCAUAUAAGUGGUAUAGAAAUUACUGUCAAUUCUUUACCACAAUUUUACUGUUCAUAAAAUUAUGAUUUUGUCUAAUAAGUAUACUCAGGAAAAUGUAUAUAACCAUAUUUUUAUUUGUGGCCUUAACCGGCAAAAUGGUAGGGGUUUAUUAAAUAAAAGAAGAAAAUUCAUUUUUAAAUGUUUUCAUCUGAAUUUGUUAAUUUUAUUAAACCUUCAAUCCUUAGUCUUUUCCAGAUUGCUUAGAUGGACAGCCAUAUGUAUAAUUUACAAUACUUUUUUUUUUCAGAUGCAGAAAACUGUGUUGAACU